CUACAGUAUUAAGUGAGUUACCGGAAUACGAAGUAGCAUAAAAGCUUCAAUAAACCGGCAAUAUUAUAAACCGAUGUAAUGAGAAAUAGAUAAAACCCUCAUGACAGCAACUAUCCUAGCCAUUCUUUGGCAAGAGCAAUAGGAGCUGCGAGCACCAUGGCCAAUGCGACGCAAGCCAGUAAUAUCUCCUUUAUUCCCGCCUUGAGUGUUUCGAAUUCCGGCAUACUCAUCUCAGCCUUAGCAUUGACAUGUUCUCCCUAUCAGACACGUCACGCAUUUCUAUCAAGCAGCGCCUACGCACAGGAUUCAUUAAAUCGGCCCUCUUCGACUCCAGGGCUGAUAAUCUCAUCAAUCUCUUUCUCUGGAUGCAUCGCAGUAAGGAAUGAAAGAACGCUUACGCACUGCCAAUGGUGCAUUAUGCCAGGUAGAUUGCCGCCUACUCCUACUCGGGGUCCGGUCCUGGUGUCAUUAGCUCGUUCUCACAGGGCUAUGCCAAACAAAGCAUGUCAUUAAGGGAAGAAAAC